GAUUAUUUGGGAUCACUCUCUAUCUGUCAAAAUGGCCGGAAUGAAAGGUUAUUUUGGUCCACAGGAUGGUUAUGGUGAUGAAGACGAUGAAUGGGACGUUAGAAAUGAAGAAAUAUUUCACAGCAGUUCCUACGAAGCUACUCCGAGAUACGAUAAAAGAAAACCUCCUAGAACUUUAUUUGAUAAGCCUAAAGCUCCAGUUGCACGUGUGAAUUCUGAUGAAGAUCAAGCAUACUUGACCACAAAGAAAUUCAUCACUGACGGUGUAGGAAUUGCAACACUCAUAACAGAAAAUCUGCUCAGUCAUCCAUUUGUGGUCAUACGCCGACAAUGUCAAGUGAACCACGACUCACGGCGGCGGUACCACACUACACCCUUCACCCUGCUCCCGGUUAUCAUGAGGCUGAACCAGCGGCAAGGUCUGAGCACCCUGUGGAAGGGGUUGGGUAGUGUGCUACUGGUCCGAGGUAUGUCACUCGCUAUAGAGGAUGUCAUCUCCAAGAUCACCCCUUGGCCCAAAGAGGUGAGCAGGCUGAGCACGUACAAACAGUGGGGCCAACAUUUACUCUUGAAAAGUGUGACGCUGGCAAUAGUGACACCGUUCUACGUGGCCAGCCUGGUGGAGACAGUCCAGAGUGACAUCGCUAGCGAGAAGCCAGGUAUUUUCGAUGUGUUCCGGGAAGGCAUGUGUCGCCUCUUCAGUUGGAGUGGCACGCAGAGAGGUCGAAUGCUGCCUAUCCUCGCCUUAGUGGUGCCGACGGUUGGUUACGGAGUCGCCAAGUAUGCCUUCUCCAAGAUCCUCCGCAGUACCAUUGCAGGAACUCUACACCUUAGUUUGAGGAUAUCACAAAAUAAUAAGGGUGCCUAUCCAAGAGAUUCAUACAACCAGGCCGCUCAAGACAUAGAACUGACCGCAUCCAUGUUCGCUGUGCUCGGUGCCGAGGUUGUGUUCUUCCCCUUUGAGACAAUAUUGCACAGGAUCCACCUGCAAGGCACAAGGACCAUAAUCGACAACCUGGAAUCAGGAAGAGAAGUGGUGGCGAUACUCACCAAGUACGAGGGAGCAUUGGACUGUUAUACAACAACUCUUGAGUCUGAGGGAGUGGCUGGUCUAUAUAAGGGCUUCGGAGCUUUGGUCAUGCAGUGUGCUGUACACUUUGCGCUCAUCAAGGUGACCAAAAUCCUGCUGACUCAGGCAUCUACACUGUUCCGCAGCGCGUCGCCACCACCUCCAAUACAUGAACUGAAACGGACUCACACUGCAGAAAACGUAAAGCUUGUGAAUAGGUUGUGAAUUUUGAAUUUUACAAGCGUUUAGUAGCAAAUUCGAAUCUAGUCUAUAAUAAACGGUUUUAACUAGUGGUAUUCAAUUCUGGGAGUUUGAAUUCCUGGUUAAAACCACUGAAGCAACUGUCACAAAUUAUAACCUGUGAUGCUUUGAAACAAUGUAUUGUGCGAUUACCACUGUUGUAAUUGUGGUUAGUUAUAAGAAUCAAGUUAUUAAGAAAUGGUUUUGUUUUAUAAUAGUUUUUACUGUCAAGUCUAAAUAACUCAUAUAAAGUUUAAAUA